CGAAAUUCAUGUAAAUGUCAGUCAGUCAAAAUCUUUUUGUCUGCUGAGUUGGUUGCAGCCCACUUUAAAACGAUCCAAGGAUCGCUGUUCAAAAGUUCGCGAUGAGCAGCAUCUACUCAUCCGAGGAGCUGAUCGCUUCAAGCAACGAGUUUUAAGCUGUUUUGGGACUAAGACUUGGGGCCCAAGGUUUCCAAAUGCCCAGGGAGGCACGUGGCCGAAUGCUUCGGAUUGCCGCGUUGCUGAACGCGCUUAGCCCAGUUUGCAUCAACCUCGCUGCUGUCUUUUCUCUGCACACUCACUCAUUUACAUCGCAUCCCUCUUGCAAUGGAGCCCUCACAUGUUUUUGCAGCACAGCUCCUGGGAACAUUGCCGGAGUCAGAGAUCGCAGAGAUUCAGCGACGCCAGAAUGAAAUGAGUCUAUCUCUUCAAAAGGCUAAUUCAUCACUCUCGGCCUUGAACGAGUUUUCGACGGUCAAGUGGGCGGACCUGCAUCCCAAGUUCGAAGCGCACACGAAACUGAUCAAGGAGCUGCAGACGGAUUUGGAUCAUGUCUUCCGCAAGAUACGGACGAUUAAAACUAAGCUCAACCUGCCCAACAAUGAUGAGGAAGAAGGGGAGGAGGAAGAACAAGGAAGUGCACCCGAAGGAGCAAGCGACCUGCAGGCAGCAGUCUGAAAAAAUAAAAAGUAAAAUAAAAUAGGAAAUUGGUGGCAAAAGGCGU